UGUAUAGUUACUAUUGACUACUCAUGUGUUGUGUUACAGUGCAGAGGGACAAGUUUGACAUGGUGGUGACCGACCCGGGGUGUGAUCAGGACUUGGUGGCGCAGGCUUGUGAGCAGAAACUGCCCCUGGUCUCUGUGAUGUGGCUGCAGCAGUGUAUAGUUACUAUUGACUACUCAUGUGUUGUGUUACAGUGCAGAGGGACAAGUUUGACAUGGUGGUGACCGACCCGGGGUGUGAUCAGGACUUGGUGGCGCAGGCUUGUGAGCAGAAACUGCCCCUGGUCUCUGUGAUGUGGCUGCAGCAGUGUAUAGUUACUAUUGACUACUCAUGUGUUGUGUUACAGUGCAGAGGGACAAGUUUGACAUGGUGGUGACCGACCCGGGGUGUGAUCAGGACUUGGUGGCGCAGGCUUGUGAGCAGAAACUGCCCCUGGUCUCUGUGAUGUGGCUGCAGCAGUGCAUAGUUACUGGCGAGUGUCGGUCGCCGACUGAGAGCCCCCUGUACAAGUACAACAGUGAAGAGGGCCAGGACAGUCCGGAGUACUAGAACCUUGGUGGCUCACUUCUUCUACAAAGACAGUUGGAACAUUCAGAAACACCAGUGCUAUGAAAUAGUUGACAGUGUGAGUUCUGUUUACCACUACUAACCAAAUAUUCCAUAUUGCGUUAUGCAUAGAAGAUUAUGUACGUUUUAGCCCUCUUUCACCCGUAUGGUGUAUCAAUCACAUUGUAUAUAUUGCUACCAGUUUCUUCAGCGUGUAUCUUCUGUCAGUUUCCUGAGAUACAGAAGAGGCUAAACCAACAUCAUUGUAUAGACAGUAAAUAUUAUCUAGUUGGAAGAAAAUGUAUUGUAAAUAUCUAAGUGUUUUAAAAUAGGAUUCUCAGGGAAAUAUAUUUCGACUCAGGAAUUUGAACCAAACAGGAAAAAUGGAACAGACUAAUGACUAAUAUAACAUAUUAUUGAUGCACAGGAAAAUAAGAUAUAUAUGUAAGUUAUAUUGAGUAGAUGAUAAACUUUAGCCUUAACAUCUGGUGAAAUAGACAUUAAGGUAAAACUGUCUAUAUAUGGAAAAUAACAUUGUAGUGUCAUAAA